ACUCGGUUAAAAACUCUUGAAAGGUUUUCGUCCCCACUUCUCUCCGACAUCUGCAGCUCAAAUAGGUUGAUUAACUGGUCUUACUUGUCAGAGAGAGAGAAAACUCUAAGAGCUACCAUUUAUAGUUAAUAUCCGGGUUGGGUUAGUUAGCUUUGGUGACUUGUGUUCAUGUAAAUUUCACCCGGAAAAAGACAAGAGAGAAAGAGAUAAAACUUGUGUUUAGUCUGUCGUUUGAACCCGCUGCGGGAAAAAAAAGGUCGGAUUUUCUUUUUUUUUGGAAGGAUCGGUUGGGGAAACCAAAAAAAACCGUGUUUGAGCUGCACAUUUUGAUCAGAGGCGUGUGCAGUGUUGCUAGGCUGCGUGCAACAGAUUCCCCCGAUUCUCGCCUGGUGUGAUGAUUAAUGAGAAUAGAAAUGCCAUAUGUGGAUCGACACAGUCGUGUUUGUGGGUUCCUAGACAUUGAAGAAAUCGAAGGCACUGGGAAAUUCCUGAGGCGGUAUUUUAUAUUGGACACUUCGGACAAUGCGCUAUUGUGGUACAUGGACAACCCGCAGAAUCUACCGCCUGGAACUCAAUGUGUAGGCAGCCUGCUGUUACCUUACAUCUCUAAGGUCAGUGAAGCAACUGCAAAGCAGAAACCAAAAGCCGAAUUUUGUUUUGUUAUAAAUGCAGGUCUACGCCGCUACUUUUUACAAGCCAAUGAUAAAAAUGAUUUACUCGACUGGGUUGAUGCCUUAAACAAGUCGUGCAAAAUUACAGUGCCAAAGGGUAAUGCAAAUGACCCACAACCCAGUGCUGAGCCAAAAAGACCUAUAACCGAAGCCCAGAAGCAGCAGAUUCCAUACAAAACUGAAAUCAUUGGAGGGGUUGUAGUGCAGACACCUAUCAGUCAGGUGAAUGGGGGCGAGAAUCAAGAGGCUGCUGAAUCAGCUACACAUGGCGUCUUGAAACGUUCCUUAAGCCACAUUCCAGUGUCUGGAAACAAGCAGACAUUAGGACCUCAGGUUUUGAAGAGUGGGUUCUGUGUGAAACAGGGCAUUGUGAGAAAAAGCUGGAAGAGGAGAUACUUCACACUGGAUGAAAAUUUUUUCAGUUACUUCAAGUGUGAAUUGGAAAAAGAACCACUUCGAGCAAUACCACUCAAAGACAUACAAAAAGCUCAGAACUGUAGUUGCAGUCAAGCACUGAUGAGGGAUAAUCUGUUUGAAAUCGUCACAACAUCUCGCACUUUCUACAUUCAGGCAGAUAGCCCUGAGGAAAUGGAAAGCUGGAUGAAAGCCAUCAAUCAGGCAGUCAAGUGUUCGAACAAUCCCACAGCUCCGGUUCAAUCCAGUAUCAUCAGCAGAACUUCUUCGUCACAGCCAGUUGAUUUGCAGACUGCAUCAAACCCAUCCCCCUCGGUGUCGUUAUGGCCUCAGUCUAAUUCCAAGCCCCAAGGAGAAGAAAAACGACCUCUCUCCAAGUCUACCUCCGUGGUGUCGUCAUGGCAGCCAUGGACUCCUGUGCCAGGUACUGGUGAGCCACUUAUGUCUCCAGUAGAGGAGGUGGGCAGGAAUGAGAGUGCCCUGAAAACACCACCUGAAGUACCUAAACCACAGCUGUCAAUGAAGGAAGAUGUGAAUGGUCAGGGGAAGCGCCGCAGACACAGGUCACAGCCAGCACCCAAAAAGGAGCAUCAGUUCCAGUACAACGUUGAUGAUGACGGCAUACGAACAACAGAUGUUUAAUAACAGUAAACUUGUCUUUUCCCAUUGUUCAUUCUGUCUAGGAUUAGUGACUCAAAUAGUUUUCGUUUUGGAUAAAAGUGCCUGCUUGUAAACAGCUUAGCUUGCCAGUGUCCUUGCUGAAGCUUCAUUACCGAGUAAAGUCAGGAAACAAUGUUGGAGACUAAAGGCUCAAGAAAGCAGCUAUGUCAUGUUUUUGUAUGGCUGCUCUUUACAUUUCCAUUCCGACUCGAUUCAACAGGAUAACAGCAUGGCCGAAUUCUGGCAACUGAAAUGCAAGCCACCCAAGGGCCCAGUACGACCUAGCACAGCCAAUGGGUCUCUGUGAUACACUGAUGAUGAGGAAUGUAUUAAAAUUGGAGCAAUUUUUACAUUCCUGAGGUGUAGCUAAGCCCUUUGUGCAUGUUUGUCACUGAAACACUGUGGAAAACACAGAAGCAGAGACAAGUGCUGCAACAUUCUAGCCAUUGAGGGAAACAGAAUUUGGAUUCUGCAUUCCUUAAUUGUGUCAAUUAACUGUGUUAUUUGCAGUUCUUAAAUCUCUGUUGCCGCCUUUCUGCAAAUGGAUGUGGGUCAGUUUCUCAAGGAAGAAGUGCGUCGAGAAAAAAAGUUGUUCCAGUCCCAGAAUCAUCAUGUCCUAUACCUGCUUUUUCCUUCCUCAGGCAAGGCAUUGAACAAACAUUUAUUUUGUCUCAGUGUUCACUGCACUGUUUUCUGUUUGUUCCUCCGGAAGCAUUUUUAAACAACUGAUUAGUGGGCCUUGCGCUCCCACUGUUCUGUGUAUAUUAUUAAGGUUCAGGCAGAGUCCAUCAUGACAUUGCAACUGAAAACAGCUCCAAAGUGUCUCAACAUAUUUUGCGACUCAGUUCUAUAACCUCUCCUAGGUAGAGAGCCCAGCCAGUGAAAAAUUGCAAUGACACACGAUCAAUUAGGAGGAUGAUACUCGAUCCCAUUCUCAACUAAUUUGUACUCUUUGGCGCAAGUUUGUUUGCAUAGGAAAGAUCAAGUGGGAAAAUAAGAGAGCCAGAAUUAUCUCUUUGUUGUUUAGACAGCCUUUACUGCCUUUGAGGAAGAUAGCAUGGAUGUCAAGAGAGGUUACGGUGAUGAAAAUUACAAAACAAAGUUUGACAGUAAAUUAUAUUCAGGAAGAGGAAACAGUUUGUCCAGAUUCACAUUGCUGGGAUACACUCAUGUGAGGAAUGUCAAAAAUGGCUUGGGGAUCUUGUGUUGCCCCAGAGAAUAACUAUCCUGCCAAUGAUCUGUGCUGAGAUUUGCACAUCAACAAUCCUCAGCAGGAUAGGCACUGUUAAAUUGCUAACUUUGGACCUCAGCAAAGAGUUUUCAGGAAAAGAGGGCAGAGAAUCAGAUGUGAAAAAGGAAAUAAAAGCAAACAUUGUGUUGAUCAAUGGUUAACUUUACGCAGAGAUGACGGAAUGCUGGUUUCAUGCUGAUCUUUUAGUUUCUUAGAAUAAAGAACUUUACAGUACAGAAGGACACCAUUUGAUUGUGUCUAUACUGGCUUCCAAAAGCUAGUCCUAGCUAGCUCAUCCUAUUUUCCAGUCUUAACUCCAUAGCUCUCUAAGUUCAUCUCUUUGAAAUACAUCCAGUUCGCUCUUGAACCUUUCUAUGGAUCCGCUUCCACCAUUCUUCCAGGAGCAUAUUCCAAGUCCUAAUAAAUCUCUGAAUCAAAAAACUUCUUCUCAUCUCACUCCUAGCUCUCCUGCUGACAGUCUUGAAAUUGUGACCCCACAUUACUGACAUACCAAUUAGUGGAAACAGAAUAUCCUUCUUUACCCAAUUAAAAUUGUUUAUCAUUUUGAAUAUCUCAAUGAGGUCACCUCUUAAUCUUUUGUACUGCAAGGAGAAUAAGCUCAUUUUUCUCUAACCUUACUUUAUAUCAAAUAUCCUUCAUUUCUAGUGUCAUUCUAGUAAAUCUCCUUUACACUCCCACCAGGGCUUUAACAUCCUUCCUUAAAUAAGGUGCCCAGAACUAAACAUAAUGCUUCAAAUGUCGUCUGACCAAUAAUUUGGAGAAGUGUAGCAUCAGUUCCUUGCAUUUAUACUCUGACUUUAUUUAUAAAUCCAAGGUACCUAUCAGCCUUCAAAACAAUUGUUUCAAGUUUCCUGGCUAUCUUCAGAGAAUCGUGCAAAUUAUUUCUGUUUCCAGUUUCCCAGUUUUAUUCACUACACUCCAUGCAUUUACAUAUAUGGAAUUUAACUUUUCCUUUAUCUCUUUCUUGCCCAUUGGAACACAACCAUUUCAUUGUUUUUUUAACUAAUUAGAAAAGAUUUUAUACCUAUACAUUGUCACUCGACACAGUUUUUACAAAUGUAGAAAAAACAAACACACGGUGUUUUUUACUUAAAGAAAACUAUUUGUAUACAUUUGAGGUACCAGGAGGGCCCGAUAACUGAACAGACCCCCCCCCCCCCCCAUUUAUCUUUGGCAGAAAGACCUCAGACAAAGGUCUUUGCCUACUUUGCCUUGGUGGCAGCUGCCCCAAGUUUCAGUGUAACCCUCAGCAGGUAGUCCUGGAUCAUGGAAUGUGCCAGUCUGCAACACUUGGACAAGAUCACCUCCUUAUGCUGGAAGACCAGCAGGUUUCGAGCAGACUAAAGCAUGUCUUUCACUGAGUUGAUGGUCCUCCAGGCACAGUUGAUGUUUUUCUCGGCGUGCACCCUGAGGGACAGACCGUAGAGGAGAGUCUGUGUUAUGGAGCUACUUGACAAAAUCCACUGAAAUGUGCAAACUCCACACAGAGUCCCCAAGGGUGUAAUCGAACAUGGGUCCCUGAUGCUGGAAGGCAGCAGUGCUAACCACUUAGCCACCGUGCUUCUUUACAAUCAUUUACCAAUUCAAAUUCUGAAUCAAAACAUUUACAGACAUUUUAUUUUCUUUAUUGAGAAUUAUGCAAGCUGCAUGUGUCAAUGUAACUGUCCUCCAAUUCAAAGACACAAAUGUCUGAAAGUACUAUUCACCAAAAGUUGUUCCUUCUAAUUACACUGUAGGGUACUCUCAGGCUCAGCAUAGAGUUUCUUUUUACUAUAAGGUGUAGGGAUUUGGCAUUAAAAAGUGGGGACAUAAAUACACAAACUAGAGUGGAGUGAAAAAAGAGGUGCCUUUUUUUGUGGUGACGGAUUGAGAGCUGGCCCUGAUGAUUGAUCAAAGAGCUGAUACGUAGAGGAGUACACACAUGGACAUAUGGUGGUCUGCAUUUUGAUUUUCCAUAGCCCGGAGCAAAAAUGUAUUGGAUUUUCAAAUCAACUCCCAAGGAAUUGUUCAUAGGUGGUAGUGGUCAGGGUGGGGUGGGGUGGAAGAGUUCAGCUUAGUUUUUGAACUUGACCACUGUCUGGCAAACCAUUCCCUGAAAGAACCCCACACAUAGACAUGAGGUGAAUUACAUUACAAUACUACCUAGGAUAAGCAGCUAUGACUUUCGCUGCAAGUUUACUCUGAAUACACACUUGGCUAAGGUGACACCAUUGCAUCAAUCGACAACUUUAGACAAGGAAGGACAAAUGGCUGAAGAAAAUGGAAAUGACUGUACUUCUGUGAACUGUAGAACCUUAAAGUAUAGAAGGAGGUUAUUUUGUUGAGCAUGCAUGUCCACUUCCCUCCUAACCCCACUUUUUUUCCCUCACAGCUCAACACAGUAAUCCUAUUCAAGGAAGUUUCCAAUUGCCUUUUGCAAGCUCCUGUGAAUUUGCUUCAGAGGUUCUGUUUAAGUUCUGAACACCUCUGUUUCUCAGUGUGAAGAAAUUUCUCCUCAUUUCCUCUGAGCAUGUUAUGUUUCUCUGUGAGUUCACUCUUAACAAAUUCCUGUGGGGAGCUCAUGAUUUCUGCAUCUUUUCUAUAUCGAACCUAUAUUUGUUUCUAUGUUUACUGGGGCUUUCUGUUGCUGUGGGCAGAGAGCUGGUGAUCAACCAUAAACCCUUGUGAACAUCUGCAUUUUGAUUGUGGAACAUCUGGGAUCUGUAACUUUGAGCUUUUCUGUUCCCAUCAGUUUGUCUGAACAAAUAUUGUCAAGGAGGAGCACAAGGUGGGGGAGGUGUGCUCAAACCCAAACAGUCACAAACUACCACUUCUCAACUUGCUGAUUUCAGCCAAAAUUAAAUGCCUCAAUGUGUGAAAAUGUCAUUUAAGAUUGGGGAUAGUGAAGGUUACAUCAAUGGGAUUCCCCAACGAUUGGCCAAUUAAGACAUUUACAGUUCACUUAACUCAAUUUACUGUUCAGUUGGAUACUUGCAAUUCAAGUCAUAGAGACAUAGAGAUAUACAGCAUGGAAACAGCCCCUUCGAUCCAGGUCAACCAGAUAUCCUAAAUAAAUCUAGUCCCACUUGUCAACAUUUGGUUCAUUUCCCUUUAAACCCUUCCUAAUUUUAUAUCCGUCCAGAUGCCUUUUAAAUGUAAUUGUACCAGCCUCCACCUCUUCCUCAGACAGCUCAUUCCACACACACACCACUGUCUGCGUAAAAAAAAAGUUGCCUUUUAGGUCCCCUCUCACUUUUAUGUUCAUAAACUAUUUCAAUUCUGCAGUAAGUACUCCUGCAAAAUGCAUUGCUGAUCAAUGAGCAUCUCCCACUUGGGGAACACUGCAUUUGCCAUCCAUUUGUUAUAGGAAUGGCCACAGUUCUAAUUCAUGCAGUCUCUGCAGUUGUACCAAUGAAAUGGUUGUUGCAAAACAUUGUGAUCCCAUUUUUCUCUUUAGAUUUGAGAAAUCAGGGAUUGUUUUGACUUGGCAAUGGUGUUAAAACAGAGUUGGCAAAUUGACAGCCUGCAUUACUUCUCUGUCCCUCAUUGAAGUCUUUGAAAUGAAAAUAGGGACAAUAGGAUAAUAAACAAUCAACUCACCAAGACCAAUUUAAUUUGAGAGACAAGUCAAAAUUCACCCACCCUCCUUGAAAAAAGGGUGAAGGCAAACCCAUUCCACCAUCACUGAUUUAUCCAAGAUUAAACAUUCAAAAACAAGAUAAGAUACAUUUUUCUCUAUUUUAACACCCAAACACUAAAAUAGAGAUGCACCUACAUGCCCAGCUGAGAUCUUAACAUCUUAACAUGCUUUCUGGGAGGAGAUCUGAGAGAUUUGAUGUGACUGUCAGGACUUGAAAUGACAACCUCAAGAAUGUAAAGCAGGUUAUAAAGGGUAGUGGCGCUCCCUAUCUAUCCUGACCAGGAAGAAAGAAUGAAAUCUGAACAUUAAAAUGCAGGAAUUUGUGCAGGGUGAGAGAAUGUGCAGACUGCUGACACUUUGCUCCUUCAUGUCUAGGCUGCUGAACAUUUCUUUCAUUUCUCACUUGACCAGGUGUUGCUUGGUGUCAGUGAUUCUGAGCCAGAUUAUCUGCUUACAGAUAAAUCUACACAAGCUGAAAGACUUGUGGUUAUUAAUUCUCCCUUCAUUCUUUGGGUAUGACCCAAGAACUACAGGACAGUAGCUGAUUUGAGUGUGCCUGCUUUCUGGGCAGGUCAGGGUAACAGCCAGUUACUGUUAUCAAAGUUUUACAAUGAAUGGAAAAGAAAAUAUGAUUUCAAGAUUAAAACUACAUCUCUCAAAUUACCAUUGUGCUUCAUAGCUAUCCUGAAGUCAUGGUUACUAAAAUAAUGAAAUGGCAAGUUGGCCACAUAUAUCUUCACUUAUUAUGAACAUCAAAUUCAGAGCACGCUGACUUUCAGUGUUGUGAUUUUAGCAAGUCAUGCAUAUUUAAUUUCUGUUGUGUUCAACAGACAAAAGACCAAACGGAGCAAUACCUGUUUUUACUUCAUAAUUUAAAGCUGAGAAGCCUUCCAGCUUUUAGAUUUUACAAGUCAUUUUAUUCAAACAUAACAUCUGAUUCAAAAAAUCCCAGUGGUUUCUUGAUUCCAGUUGGACAAGAAUAAGUGGUUCGAAGGUCUCAGCAACAUGAGUGGAAAUGUGCAAACCCAUUAACUCGCUGGUUCACUAUUGAAGGGACUUUACUGCUUUUCCAGUUGCUGUGCCAUUUCUGCCAUAACUCAUCUUUAACAACUUAGGCCGUGACUAUGAGUAAGUUGUCUUCUGAGAAUGCCACAAAACCAGUAUGUCUCUGCAAGAUUAUGAUGGCACCAAUAUUGUAUUUGUGCAUCAUUCUAUUCACAAACUAAACGUUGGUUGCUCAGGCCCAAUGAAAGAUGUAGUAUAUUAAUUGGACUGCAACUCAUUGAAAUUCAUUGCUCCCUGGACCAAUCCUAUGUGCAGAACUAUGCACAGCAAAAGUACAGACUUGAAAGGGCAGGCAGACAGCACGUGCCUCAGACCUGCUCAAGGACAGUCUGGCCAUGAUGCUUGGUCAAUAACUCUUGAUAAUUUAGCCAAAGCAAGUAAUGCAGAUGGACUUUUAGGGGCAAUGAAUAAAGCUCAUGAAAGUGGUAUUUCUAAAAGAAUAUGGUUAAUAUCAUGAUUUGUGUUCAAUACUGUCCCUCAAAACAUUGCAAAGAUUACCAUUUUGGAAUUAAGCGACCAAGUGUGUGGUCAUGCACAUGGUCUGUUAAGCAAUUAUUGUUACUACAGAAAAUCUUCAAUUUACCUUUUGCCAAACGAAAAAAAAGGAUUUUUGCAUGCAAGUUAAGAUUGCCUUCAUGAGGCCAAAAAAUAAAGCAUUCAAACUGAUUUAUCCCAUUUUUUGGGAUGUACUACACUGUGAAUUUAAAAUGGAUAUACUGAAAGGUGAAGAUCAGUGAGCAUUGUUUUAAACCCAUUUCUUUUAUGAUACAUUGUUUUGGUGAAUUCUGUGGUUAUCCUCCCAUUCCCAGCCUGAUUCUGUAUCUAGCUUUAGUUGGCUAACAUCACCACAACAAUGUUUUCUGGGUCUCUGUCCGUGACUCCAUGUUUGUAUAGAUCUAUCUUAAUUAUUUCAGUUCUUCUCUGAUUGUUGUUCAAUGUAUCAUUUCAGAAACAUUUUAAAAAUUGGAGAAAAAGUGUAAUUGUAACCAUUUGUACACGUUUAUUUGAUGUUUUGUGCUCAGACACCAAUAAAACACAUUCACAUUUUCUUUAACUGAUGGAUUAUCCUAAUCCAAUGUGGGAGGUAGGGAAAGGAAACAUCUGGGUCAUUGGGAAAGUUUUAUUUCUUGCCAAUCACUGUAAUUCAGUGGUGACCGACAAUAACUAAUUGUUCCUGUAAUUAUGACAAAUUUCAUUCCGAAUGAAUGCAAAGGUCAGUAAAUGUUUGUUGAACUUCUGUUGCAUUAAACUACUUCAAAAUCUU